AUGACAUUCUUAACUUGCUUGAGUUUGCUAUCGUUCAUUCUGUUCACUGGAUACACGGUCUAUCUUCACUGGGGCGAUUGGUUUCAAGUGAUCGAAACAUUGUCCUUGGUAGGUAUGGGAUCCUCGUCUCUGGUAAAAGCGUACAGCGGACUGAUGAAUUACGAGUUCUAUCGAGGAAACUAUCGGCGAUUGACAGCUUUGUAUCGAAACAAUGGCAAACACAAGAAGAACAACCGCCAACUGGUGUAUUGGUGUAUCUUGAUCGACUACGCAUACUGGUUUUUCCUGGUGAUUUUCAUUUCUGGCGGUUUCGGCUUUCUGAUUGUUCCCAUGUACACAUACAUUCGCUUUAACGAGCGAUUGUUGUUGAUAAAUUUGCACAUUCCUGGAAUCGAUACGGAUACAAGCCUUGGUUAUGCCAUCACUACUGCGUACCACCUAGAGCUAUUGAUUUUGGCUGUGGCGGGUAUCCUUGUCGCUGACCUUACAGUCAUCAUUGUCAUUGGACAUGUUGCGGGAAUCACAGAUGUUUUCAAAAAUGCUUUGAACGAGCUGGAUCAGUUGCUAGAGACGGAUGACAGAAACGCUGAACGGAUUCGCAAAAAACUGCUGGAAGUGUGUGUCAUUCAUCAGGAAAUCAUCACGUAA